UUGAAUUGGAGGUUAACAACAGUUAAAAGGAGUGUUUUAUUAUUAACUGGGCGUUUGGAUUGUAUUAUUGUAACAUGGGAAGCCCGUCAUUUAUGUUGGGCCCUGCCCAAAAAGUACUAUUACACCAAGCAUCUGGAAGAGGCGGCACCCACUAGUUAAGGAGGCUUUGUUUCUACAGUAACCCAAUCUAUUUUUAAUUCUUCCUAAAUUGCCCAUUAAAAAAUCCAUCGAUUCCAUUCAAAAGUUUCAUUCACCGCGCAGAGUUUUGGGCGAACUGAAGACACUACAAACGACGAACUCUUAUCUCAGUUCAGAGAGAUUUUAUCAUCAAGCCUCGCAGGUGUCGCCGGGUUUGUUGAAUUGCACUGCAAUUGCUCGCGGAUUGUGUGGAAAUCCCUACUAGCUAGGGCUUAAGCGAAAUGGAUGCUUUACAGACCUUGAGGAAGAGGAAUGCAUGUGUGUACAUGGCAGUGGAAGAAAUUUUAUUUGAGCAGGAAAUACAGCUGGCUGUUGUCAUUGAUUAUUUUGAGAAAUCAAAAAAACGAAAGCGUAAACAUAGAACCUUGGUAGAACCCUAUGGUAUUAUCCAUAGAAUUCCUGACCAAACUAAGCACCUGAAUAGGAUGAUCGAGUUUAGUGAUAUGGACUGCAUUUUAAACUUACGAAUGGACCGGAAUACAUUCGGUCGGUUGUCUCAAUUGUUGAGGGUUAUAGGGGGGCUUAAUGAUAGCAAGUUUGUGACUGUGGAUGAACAGUUGGCGAUGUUCUUGUCUGUUCUUGCCCAUCAUAAAAAGAAUAGGGUCGUUAAAUUUGACUUUUGGCGAUCUGGACAAACUGUUUCGCAUUACAUACAUGUUGUACUAAAGGCUAUUCUACGAUUGGGUGUCAUUCUAUUGGUAAAACCAACUCCUGUUGCUGAUGAUUCAACCGACAUGAGAUGGAGGUGGUUCAAGGGUUGUUUGGGUGCAUUAGACGGAACAUAUAUCAAUGUGAUGGUAUCAAAUGCUGAUAAGCCGCGGUAUAGAACGCGCAAGGGCCAGAUCUCAACUAAUACCCUUGCCGUGUGUGACCAUCACAUGAAGUUUGCAUAUGUUUUACCCGGAUGGGAGGGUUCUGCAGCCGAUUCUAGGGUUCUACGCGAUGCCGUUAACCGUGUUAAUGGUUUGAAAGUCCCACGGGGUUCCUAUUACUUGUGCGAUAAUGGCUACGCCAAUUCUGAAGGUUUUCUAGCACCAUAUAAAGGUGUUAGGUACCACCUAAAGGAGUGGGGGCCGAAUGCUGCAAGGCCCCAAAAUAGAGAAGAAUUAUUCAAUCUCCGGCAUACACGGGCACGUAAUGUGAUAGAACGAGCUUUUGGGAUAAUGAAGAUGAGGUGGGGGAUUUUACGCAGCACCACUUAUUAUCCCAUUAAGGUGCAGAUUAGGCUCAUAAUGGCUUGCUUCAUAAUUAAUAACUUCAUUAGAUCACAAAUGACUGUAGAUCCUAUUGAGCAAGCAUUUGACAACUUGCCAAAUGAGAAUGAGUUUAUUGAGACUGACCAUGGUGACCAUAUUGAUGCCGUUGAACCUAGUGUUGAAUGGACGGCGCAUAGGGACACAAUUGCGCAGAGUAUGUGGCAGCAAUACCUCCUACAACAGUGAGUUGGGUACGAGCCGUAUAGCGACGCGUUGUAUCCCGCGCCUGAUUGUAGCUGUGGGCGGGGAAGAAUGGUAUUACUACGUGCUGGAAACAAAGCCAGGAACGCAGGUCGUUAUUUCUACAAGUGCCCAACUUUUACCAAUCACGGGCCAACCUCUUUUAUUUGGUUUGACGAAUUCCAGUUGCGUACGCCUGGAGAUACUUGUUCGAACAUGCAUCAGUGGACCUCAUCUAAUCAAAACACCCAGAGUGAGCAAUCUGCGACAUCCUCUUGGAGUCGGCACAUGGAACCAGAUAACAGAGGAUUGCACGAGAGUGCAUCUGUGCCUACUAAACCUGUCAUCGAGGCUUACUAUUCACUUAUUGUUGUUGGGUCCUUCUGUAUUUUUUUGCUUGGUUUGCUUGCUGGGAAGGUCCUCUGAAACUCUUUUAGCAUGUCUAUGUAAAAGUUGAACCUCUUUUGAUGAUGAUUGUAUGAACUUCUUGUUGGGUAUUUCUAAGUUAAGACCUCUAUGUAUCAUGCCUUUGUGGAUCUC